AUGCCCACCUGGCAAGCCGUGCGCGCUGCUAACGCGACCUAUCACCCUUCUUUCAGGCCGGUGGCCCUUUUCGUUGGUGGUACAUCUGGCCUCGGGCAAGCUACAGCUGAGAGCUUGGCGCGAUACACCAACAGCAAUGUGCACAUCAUCCUCUGUGGACGAAAUAAAGAAGCUGCAGAAAAGAUCAUUGCAUCCUUGCCGCAAACCGAAGGGAGCAAAUACGAGUUUGUGAAAUGCGAAGCAACUAUGAUGGACGAGAUCGCCAAGGUCUCAGCGGAUCUACGGGAGCGACUGCCUAAGCUCAACUAUUUAUUUCUGAGCCAGGGCAUCCUAACUAUGAAAGGCCGGACGGAGACAACUGAGGGUAUCGACCGCAAGCUUGCAUUGCAUCUGUACGGAAGGUGGAAAUUCGUAUUUGAGUUGAUGCCCUUGCUGGACAGAGCAAAGGGAAUGGGGGAGGAGGCACGUGUCGUGACAGUGCUCAGCGCUGGAGGCAAUGGGAAGGUGAUUUGGGACGAUCUCGAUCUGAAGAAGAACUACAGCCUCGUUACGGCCAAGAAUCACGCGACAACCGGUAAUGAUAUCAUGGUAGACGAAAUGGCUCGUCGAUAUCCCAACAUCUCCUUCACCCAUAUGUAUCCUGGGGGAGUUCGCACGCCGAUCAUCACAGGCGGCUGGAUCGGAAAGGCACUCCUUCCUCUUACUAUACCCCUCACCGAGUCUCCUGCGCAGGCAAGCGAAUGGCUGGUGCACCCUUUAUUAUCAGAAGUAUUCGCCAAGGGCGCGUUCUAUCUCGACAAUCACGCGGACGAUGCUGGAGCGAAUAAAUGGAGCACGGAGGAGACGAGGAAGUCAUUUUAUGAUCAUGUUAGGCACAUGUCAAAGAUGACCUGAGGGGAAUAUGAAAUGCCGGACCCCGCCUGUAUUCUGCCCCUCGAGUGUCCUAUACGGUUUUGUUCGGUGUGUCGUAUUUGUGGCAUUUGUUGGUCCUUCGCAGAAUGCUCUUGCGGG